UUUGGGAUUCAGUAACGUACAACUCUAGUGUUUCUGCGGUUCAAAACGCUCCGGUCAUGAGUUUUUUUCGGGUACCGCAGAGAGUUGAGUAAGUACGAAGAUGUCGAUGAAAGACGAGCUUCUGGCUUCCCUCAGCCCUGAAGAGCUGGCCGAGUUGGAAAAGGAGCUUGUGGACAUCGAUCCUGACGCCAACGUGCCCAUAGGACUCAGACAGAAAGACCAGACGGACAAGACCCCGACGGGCACCUUCAGCAGAGAGGCCCUCAUGAAGUAUUGGGAAAAUGAGACCCAGAGAAUAUUGGAGGACGAGAUAGCUGGAGGAAGCCCCAAACCGGAUGAAGAACAAGAGGAGUGUGUGACAGAAGAAAACAGCGGGGAAGAGGAUGAAAAAGAUGUUGAAAACGAGAAAGAAGACAAGAAGGAGAAGGAAGAGGAAGAAGAGGAGGAGCCGGAUGAAGAAGAAGAUGAAGAAGAAGAAGAAGAAGAAAUAGAAAGUGAGGAAGAGGAAGAAGCUGUAACAGAGGAAGAGGAAGAAGAUGAGGAGGAGGAGGAGGAAGAAGAAGAUGAAGAGGAGGAACAGAAUAAAAAAUCUGAGCCUGAACCCUCAAAGGAUUUUGGGGCGCUGAGCUCAGCCCCAAUGCUACUGAGGCCACAGAGGGCGGAGCCUAUUAGACUGACUCCUCCCCCUCCACCUGCCGACCCCAACGCCACCGGAAACCCCACCGUUGUUGACGAAGCUCUUCAACAAGCUUUGAACAACAGCCCUGAACUCACGGAGGUCAAUCUGAACAACAUUGAUGAUAUAUCUCAGGAAACCCUUAUCCGAUUUGCUGAAGCGCUGAGGUCCAACACACACGUCCGGGUCUUCAGUCUGGCAAACACUCACGCUGAUGACCCUGCGGCUCUGGCCAUUGCUAAGAUGUUGAGGGAGAACUCGUCCAUCACCAGUCUGAAUAUAGAGUCCAACUAUGUGACUGGGAAGGGCGUGAUGGCACUGGUUCAAGCUCUUCCUGGGAACAACACCCUGACCGAGCUUCGCUUCCACAAUCAGAGACACAUGUGUGGAGGACAGGUAGAGAUGGAGAUGGUGAAGAUACUGAGGGAAAACAACACCUUGAUCAAGCUGGGAUACCAGUUCAACCUCCCUGGUCCCAGGAUGAGCAUGACGGGGAUCCUCACCAGGAACCAGGACCGCCAGAGGCAGAAACGUCUUCAGGAGCAGAGACUCCAGCAGCAGGGGGCGCCAGAGGGAGCCGGAUACCCCAGAACCAACGCACUGAAAGGAACCUCAUCACCUUACAGCUCACCCAGAGCCUCUCCUUGGUCCUCACCCAAACUCAACCGCAGCGACCUGGUUAAAAAACAAACUCCUCCUCCGCCUCCUCCACCACCUCCGCCUCCACCUCCUCCUCCACUGCCACAGGAGAAGAAGAAACCCACCAGGAUGAUUGCGGAGGUCAUCAAGGCACACGAGGCGGGCGGCAAGAAGGUGAAGAAGACAAAGGGUAAGAAAGGCAAGAAAGGGAAGGAGGAGACGAGCAGCAUCCUGAAGGAGCUGAAGAACGCCCUGAGGCCAGUGAUGGUGGAGCGGAGGGGGGAGGAGGGCAGCCGGCCGUCCACACCAAUGAGGUCCGCCCACGACCAGCUGAUGGAGUCCAUCCGAAACAGAACCGGCGGCAGCCUGAAGCGGGUGGAAAUCCAACAUCACCUACGAUAAAACAAGCAGACGUACAGAGGGCUGUUGGAUGCCAUGCCAUGAUGACCCUGGAGGGAUAGAAACACAAAAUGGGAUGCUAAGUAGGCAACAACUGAAUUCUUACUCAUGAAAAAAUAUAUAUUUACUGGUAAUUUGCACUGCAGUUAUAACUUUACAUGUUUGUUUUUUUUACUUAUUUACGCAUAGAAAUGAAAUAAUGUACCUGUUUAUUAAUAAGCUUUCAAAUUCAAUGUUUUCUUGUAAAAUUGUAAAUAUGUUGUUGGUUGAAUUAUGUAUUCAUUUCUUAAUAUAGCCAUUUGGU